AUGGUUCGACUGACUUUGGAUCUAAUUGCCAAGAACAGCAAUCUUAAACACCAAAAAGAAGAAAACACUCUACAAUACCUGAAGAAAAUAACUCAUAUAAAUUUUUCAGAUAAAAAUAUAGAUGCAAUUGAAGACCUCUCUCUUUGUAAAAAUCUUAGUGUUUUAUAUUUGUAUGAUAAUCGCAUUAGUCAAAUCACUAACCUGAAUUAUGCCACAAAUCUGACCCACUUAUACCUACAAAACAAUUGUAUUUCAUGUAUAGAGAACCUCGGGUCAUUAAAGAAACUGGAAAAACUAUAUCUGGGAGGCAAUUACAUUGCUGUCAUAGAAGGCUUAGAAGGACUAGAAGGACUAAGAGAGCUUCAUGUUGAGAGUCAGAGGCUUCCGCUUGGAGAAAAGCUUGUGUUUGAUCCAAGAACCCUUCAUUCUCUGGCAAAAUCCCUCUCUAUAUUGAAUAUCAGCAAUAAUAAUAUUGAUGACAUAAGAGACUUAGAAAUACUGGAGAAUCUUAAUCAGCUCAUAGCAGCUGACAAUCAACUUCUGCACGUGAAGGAUUUGGAGUUUUUACUGACCAAGUUGAUGAAGCUGUGGAAAAUGGAUCUAAAUAGAAAUCCUGUUUGUCUCAAACCAAAAUACAGAGACAGACUGAUAUUGGUGUCCAAAUCACUGGAAUUCCUUGAUGGAAAAGAAAUUAAAAACAUGGAAAGACAAUUCCUAAUGAAUUGGAAAGCAUCCAAAGAUGCGAAGAAAACCAGCAAGAAAAAGAACAGUAAGAACGAGGAUACAUGUAACUCAUGCAACAGUAACUUUGAAACAGUGCAUCACAUAGUUCCCGUUUAUUACCCACGGGUGGGUAAGCCAAAAUUAGUUUUUUUCUCUGAUAUACAGAGAUUUCUCCCAAAUGGAAAUGCAUCUCCAGAAAGCUCCCAAGAAGAUAACCCUAAAAUUAUUGAAGACACAGGAAAUCUCUCUUUGAAGGCAUCUGAAAGCUUGCUGACAAAAAAUGAUGUACGUGAACCUCACCUUCUUCAUAAUUUGAAAGUAAAAGAAAAUUUGUUUGUAAAAAACCAGUAA